UGACAAUUUUGACAUAACUUUCAAUUUCUGUUUGUGAUGUGUACGUGAAUUAGAAUAAGUUUUAUCGUAGUUUUAUCAUCUUGUACAGAAAGUGGCCCCUCUUUAACAAUGCUAGUGUGUUAAAACCGCCGUAACGAUGGACCAUGUCGCCCUUGAUGUUUCCGGUACCAGCGACAGCAUCCACGACCGCAAAAGAACCAAAAGCUUAAGAAGGCUCUGGAACCAGUUAUCAAAAUGUCAAAGGAGCUGUAUCUACACCAUAGUCAUAGUGUUAACCCUCACUGUCUUUUACCUAGUCUCGACCGAAUCCGAGCGAACGCAGAUAAGCCUAGCGGAGAGCGCGAAUGAGAACAAGAAGGAGGUGCUCCACAACAUCAGGAACGACCCCCGAGACGUCGACACCGUGUUCCAUGAUAACGACAGCGAGGGGCAAGUGCUGGAGGAGCCCGGCGGCUUGGAGGCGGACAGUAACAGGAACCAGGUGCUGUUGCCGCCCAAAGUCGUGAAGAAGUUCGCGGGCCCCACAACGGCGCGCCAGGAAGCCGUGGUGAAGGCGUUCAAGCACGCCUGGCAAGGAUACAAGCAAUUUGCGUGGGGUCAUGACCACUUAAAACCCAUCACCGAGGGGUACAGUGACUGGUUUGGGCUGGGUUUGAGCAUUGUUGACUCGAUUGACACCAUUUACAUAAUGGGAUUAACAAAAGAAUACAAAGAAGCGCGUGAGUGGAUUGAAAAACACCUACAUUUUGAUGUGAACCGAGACGUUAACUUGUUUGAAGUAACAAUACGAGUUUUGGGAGGCCUACUUAGCAUAUAUCACCUUACUCAGGACAGGAUGUUUCUCACUAAAGCUGUUGAUUUAGCUGAUCGAUUACUGCCAAGUUUUGAGUCGGAGUCGGGGAUUCCCUAUUCUGAUGUUAAUUUAUUCACACGGAAAGCUCAUGCACCCAAGUGGUCACCCGAUAGCAGCACGUCUGAAGUGACUACCAUUCAACUAGAAUUUCGGGAUUUAAGCAGAAUCACUGGAAAUCCCAAAUACGAAAAUGCUGUUUCAAAAGUGUCACUUCAUAUCCAUAAUUUGGAAAAAAAAGAUGGUUUGGUUCCUAUUUUUAUCAAUGCCAACACUGGACAAUUUAGGUCUUAUGCUACUAUAACUCUAGGAGCUCGCGGUGACAGCUAUUACGAGUAUUUACUGAAACAGUGGUUGCAAACAGGAAAAACGAUCGAUUAUUUAAGGGACGAUUACGUGACGAGUAUAAUGGGUGUUGAGAAACAUUUAACGAAAAGAACCGUCCCUAACGGUUUCCUCUUUAUUGGCGAAUUGCUAGUCGGUGGUAAAGAUUUUAAACCGAAAAUGGACCACCUGACGUGCUAUUUGCCUGGAACUUUGGCCCUUGGGGUACACAAUGGUCUUCCAGAAAGUCACAUGAAACUAGCAGAAGAACUGCUUACCACUUGUUAUCAGACAUACGCACAACAACCCACAUUUCUAGCACCCGAAAUCACGUAUUUUAAUAUCCAGGGCGAAAACUCCAACGACAUGUACGUAAAAACCAACGACGCGCAUAAUUUGCUGCGGCCCGAGUAUUUGGAGAGUCUCUGGUACGUGUACCAGCUCACUGGUAACAAGACGUACCAGGACUGGGGCUGGCAGAUAUUUCAAGGGUUUGAGAAUUACACAAAAGUGAAAAACGGCUACACUUCGAUUGGAAACGUGAAAAACCCGCUGAAUGUGAGACCAAAGGAUAUGAUGGAAUCAUUCUUUCUUAGUGAAACCUUAAAGUAUUUAUAUUUGUUAUUUAGUGACGAUCCGAAACUGAUAGACUUGGAUACCUAUGUUAUUAAUUCGGAAGCGCACCCUUUGUCUAUAUACUCGUCGUGAUUUUUUUAUAGGUAGAUGCAAUACGUCUAGUCGAUUUUACAUGAGGGGGAUUUAUUAAUUUGUUAGUGAGAUUUUAAUUUCCGUAUAAAACUUGGAAAGCAAGGUCCUCUGUUUUUGUCUGUUUUGUCACCUAAGUGGGCCAGUAUUUACCAGCAGGAUGUACUUACGAUUAAGUAAAAAAUGUCAAGUAUUUAGAAAUGUGUCAUUUUCCAUUCCAAGACUGAGUGAGAUUGGGUUUGAUAUUAAUUACAAAAACUGACUUCCUAAACCUAAGUGUUGAAUUUUAUUUUUAUACUCACGUUUUUGUUUAAACCGCCAUGACUUGACAAAUAUUACCGUUUUGAUGUAUUCUUUUCGCAGUAUAAUUGAAUAAGCUCGUUGAUAGGAAAUGUAAUAUCGAUAGUUAAUUGUUGUGUUAUUUAGUUUAUUAGGCCAAGAAUGUUAAUUUCACUGUUGGAUAUGAUGGUAUCGAUGGUAGAACUGCACGCUUCUGAGUGUAUGUUUGUUUAUUGGACGUGCUGAUUCUUUCGGUUUUUACACACGAAACAUUCAACUCAGUAGCCUGUCUAGAAGGAAUUACGUUAAUUUAUAACUCCGAUUUGUGGGUAAAUUAUUUCACUUUGUAGGAACGAUCAAUAAAUUUUUACUCACA